AUGGCAUCAUUAUUUAAAUAAUGGAAACUUUAGUUUACUAACCCAAUUUAUGAAGCAGAAUAUUAGGAUUUUCUCAAUAAUUAAAGGCUCUUUUUUUUAAGAGCAUUAUUAAUCACAAUAAUGCUCUCUUGCUUUUUUGCAAUGCUGGUCUUUAUUGUUCAAAAUUAAUCUGCCUAUUUAGUGAGUUUUAUGGCAGUUUUAUUCAUUUUGCAUAUAGUAUUUUUAUUCUUUAGCUAUAAACUAAUUUAUUGCUUAAAGUUGAUUAUGACAAUCCUAUAUGCUUCUUAUAUAACAGCUGCUUUUUAUUUAGCUUAUAUUGGAUUUAAAGUACCGCUUUUUGAUUUUGGGCUUUCUUGCGGUUUAUUGUUCAGCUGUGCCUUAUAAUAUUGCGACAAUAGGUUCAAAGUGAUAUUUUUAUUUAUCGCCAAUUGGUUGGCUUUAGUAUUAUUUGUUCAGUUUGAACUUGCUUAAAUAUAAUACUUAGUCUUUUCAAUAUCUAUGUUUAUUUUAUUGGGUAUCAUGACAUAUUUAAUUGAAUAUAAUAGAAGGUCUUAAUUUUUACUGACCAAAAAAUUAGAAACACAAAAAUCGAUUCUAUAUGAGUUUACAAAUGAUUCUUUAUUUGCUAUAAUGUAUGAUGAAAAUUCAAGAAGCUUUCAACUUUCAUUUGCUAAUAAAAAGUUCGAAUCUUUAUAUAAAACCAAUUUAGAUGAGAACAAUGUUAAGGAAUUUUUAAGAAACUAAUCAAUUAUCAACAGAAAUAAUUAAAGUUCAAAUCGAAGUUUAAAUAAUAAAUAGAUACAUAAACAAAUCAAUUUAGAAGAAUAUCUCUUUGAGCUGGUUUAACAAAAAUUAGAUUAUUUCAAUUAAGAUAGAUUCUUAAUUGAAACAAAUAAUGGAAAAGAAAAAUAUUUAAUUAACAUUUUGAAAUUUGAAAAUCAAAAAACUCAAUUCUUUCUCUCUAUUAAAGAAAAUCAAGCUAAACAUUAAAUUGAAAAAUAUGAAACUAAAAUAAAAUCUUUAAAUACUAUUUUUAUUUCUGUACUCUUACUAAUUUCUCAUAGAUUAGAAAGAUUAUAUAAAUAAAUACUAAAUUUAAAAGAUGAUCUUCAAGAAAAUACUGAUCUCAUUAAAGAAUUGCAAUGCAAUAUUUAAUAUUCACUAAUAUAUUUAAAAAAUUAUAUGAUCUAUUUAUAGAAAGAAAAGAUGUCAUUUUUAAAAUAAUAAUUUGAAUAAUUUAAAGUUCAAAAAUUAAUUGAAGAAUUGUCUGAAUACUUUCAUCAUUACAGUAAAUAAUACCAUAAAUAAUUUUAAUUUGUUUAUUUGAGUGAAGCCGAAUAAUAAUCAAUUUUUUUAAAUACAAGAUUAUUAACUUAGCUAUUAAUCAAUAUUUUCAAUAAAAUUCUAAUAAUAUCGAACGAUAAGAGUUCUAUACAAUUACAAAUUGAUAGAAAAUUAAUACAAUAUCAGUUAUUAAAAGAUAAUAAUUUAACUAGAAAUUAAGAGCUUUAGUUAAUGUAAUUUUCUUACAUUUUUGUACAUAAAGAUCAAAUUGACAAUUUAGAAUUCUAAUUUUCUUAAUCUAUUAAUUUAGAUUCUCAAUAUCCAUUUUAAAUUGAAUGUGUUGUGAAUUAAAUAAUUUUGAAGAUACUUAGCCCUUAUAGUUCUAUUUAAAUUUAAUCCAUUUAUUAAGAAAAAUUAUAAAAUCACAGGACAACUUUGACAUUUUAUAUAUAUACUGAUUAAACUCAAUUGGAUCCAUCUUUUACUAAAUAUGUUGAUUUAUAUAAUCUUUGA